GCGCGCAGCACACUUGUGCAGUUUCGUAGCGGACGAGCGUGUAUUUAGUCGCCGGCGGCUCAUGGAUACCGACGUGUGGUCGAGCUGUGCCAUGGAGUAUCCGAUCCAAGAGGACUUCUACGUGGACAGUCUGUUGAAGACUGACGAUGACCUCCAGACACCGGUUAUCAUGGAGGUUGACAUCGACUUGGAUUAUUCAAAUUUUUCGGGAAUCACUGGGAUCCCCACACGCACCACUUCCACGCUGACUCCCACAACCUUGAAGAACAUAGAGGAGUCGUUCCUGGAGCUGCAGUCGGUCCCUCCAGCACCCAUGGAGCAUCAGCACCAAGCUGGCUUCGUGCCACCCGUGGUCAACAUUGCCCAGUACCAGCAGCAACAACAGCAGCAGCAACAGGCUUCUCCUUUCUGGUCGCAGCAGCAGCAGCCUCCGAUGGUGACGAUCAAGCAAGAGGUGGACGACGAUUGGCUUCCCCCAUGCACCACUCAGCAGCAGCUGCAGCAGCAGCAAAUGACUCGGCACAUCAGCAACACGCCUACACCGUCUCCACCGCUUCCCCCUAAACCAGCGCGCACUGGUGGUGGCAGGAGGCCCAACAGGAGUGAAAAGCUGAGUCCUGAAGAGGAAGAACGAAGGCGGAUUAGGAGGGAGCGAAACAAACUGGCUGCGGCACGUUGUCGGAAGCGGCGGAUGGAUCACACAAACAGCCUCAUUAAGGAAACGGAAGGCCUCGAAGAUGCCCGAAGCUCACUGCAAAAGGAGAUCGCUGCACUGAAGAACGAAAAGGAAAACCUCGAGUUUAUCUUAGAAGCUCACCGGGCAAGCUGCAAGAUGCCCCACAUGAAAGCUGUUACCACUGCCUCUUCUACGAUGAGCGCACUCUCGCAGCAACGACCUCAGCAUCUCCCUGUUGUCACCUCAUCAGAUUCCGGCCCUGUCCGCAACAACCACAAGCUUCCGAAUGCCCCUGGCCGAGCCCCCAAGUUUUCCCGUCCCAACUCUCUCGCUGUUACCUCGGUGUUCACGAACUCGGAUGGCAGCAGUGCCCUGAACAACAGCUGCAGUGUUCCCGCGUCGUGUCCGUCGCUCUUGACGGAAGUUGCCGGUGUGCCCAUCCAGACUCCGUCAGCCGGCAUGUACAGCUUUGAGUCCAUCGUCGAGGGCACCGGAGCGACACCCACGGGAACCACACCUCUCACGUUUUCACCAGUGACGUCAUGUGCCGAGCAGCAGCGCAACACCAAUGGUGACCUCUCCAGCCCCGACGGCAUGAAUCCCCCCAAGCUGGUGUCACUCUGACCCCCACAGCAUUGAGGUUUGUGCACCUCGGGAGCUGCAACCUCUGACCGAGCCUCUCAUGGGCUUGCAUGCACCACUAGUUCUUUCCCCGAGUGGCAUUGCUCGGAACUUUUGACGGUGCAACGUAUCAUGUGCAACAUUGUCAUCCUCUCAUGCUGGGACCUGUUGCCCUACGUCCAUUUGCAACGAGUGGGACACAUCCAACGUGAUGUGCCUACUCCCGAACUGGCUGCUCUGUUCUGUUUCGUCUGGAGGUACUUACAAUUGCUGGGGGUAGUGUCUUUGUUUGUACUAAAGCUGGAAAUAAUCAUCAGCUCCUCAAACAUACCUAGCUGCUGCAUCGUUGUGUGCUGCCUGUGCCUUUUAAAGUGGAAGGUAUUUCUAUACUUCAUUGUUUCCUUUAUUUCUGUCAUGAGCCUGAAGUGGAUUAUUCUUUUCUUUAAUCAGGUUGAUUAACGGGCUCAUCCACCGUAUAAAAUUGACCGUGCAUACUUUUCAAUGCUUCAGCACCUUCCUAGUUUCUACUAAGAACUGUUGCCAUCAGAGUGUGAAAAUUUGAUUUAUGAAGUGUGGCUCUUCUUAAGUUCUCUACCUAUGUAUUCCAUUGCUCACUAUCCAAGUUAUUUUUGAUGACCAAACUUUGUCGAUCCAAGUUAAAUUUGCCGCUGUGUCUGCUUGACAGGGCUAAGUAUGUGUCACGCCCUUACGUGCAUAUGUGUCCUUUGCUGCCUUGCCGUGGUGGUAACCAACACCCUUGAACACUGCUUCCUCAUAGAGCAGUUAAUUCCCUGAUGACAGCCUGUGGUGUACUAUAAUUCUCAGAAGAUUUUUGAAGUGGUUGUUGGCAGUGCAUUGUUAGACCAAGCUGUUGCUGUAGAAGGAAGUCAGUACAGUUGCUCCAGUCAAACACCAUUCCUCUGGUGUCGCAGAUUGCGGCACCUCGUGAUGCAGGUCACCUUAGUCGGCUGGUUGUGAAGUCUUGGGAUGAAUGGGUUCGUACACCCGUGAAGCUCAUGUGUGAUGAUUUUGGUGGAGGCUGCUUAGGAACUGUAUGCUAGGCUGCAAGUUUUGAAUUUGCUCAACAAGUGUCUUCUUGUCGCCUCAAAUGUGCCAUGCCAGAGUGGUUUGUCACUGUUGGGUAUCGGGAAAUAAUCUUGUUUUCUUAGUGUGUUUUGAAGGCUGCCUCCGAUUGUCAUUUACUUGUAGCAUGCUUGGACAAUUUCAGCUGAAUUAGGAUAAUAUAUAAUGUGCACAGCUUUGCAGACAGUCCCUUGAGCCAAAAAGACUAAGGAUGUCGGAGGUCAGAAGUUUAUGGACAUUGAUGUCGGCACCUUUCAGCAAGGCUUCUCAUUCAAGUUCAUGUUUUUUUUUUUUUUUUUUAACCUUGCAGUUUAUAUGUAAAGUGGCUGUACCCAUGACAGUAUGUCCUACGCUAUGCAGUAACAUAAAUAUGUGCAUACCUUAGUCCUUCACUUUUUCAGCUUUGAUUGUCGGAGCAUGCAGAAGUGCAUAGCGUGGCUACUACCUGAAAUGAAUUGUUGCAGAAGGCUUUUGUGCAUAGAGUCAAUGAAAAAGCUUGUUAGCAAUGGAAGAAGGGUUUCCCGGUAGAACUGUGGGUCAAGCCAGCAGCUGUAGUAUUGGCGUGGCGCGCACGAGUUUUGCAUUCAAUGCAUAAUGCCAAAAUAUCCUCAGAUAAUCAUAGCCACAGGUUGAGCAUUUCAGAUCAUUUGUGCAGUGUAACGUUGGCGCCAUGCACCUAGUCUGUUUUUAUUGCAAUUCAUUGUGUGAGUGAAUGAGUGUUUUCAUAAUCAACCUUAAGCAAUAUGGAAGGAGAAUCCCAUCACAUUUGUGAGCAUUGGGGAUCGGUGAUUGUAGGUGUAUGCAAUUCUUGACAUAAGAGUGGAAGCCUGUUUAACUUGGAUGAAAUUGAAAUUAAGUGAUGUGAAAUCAAUUGUGUAUUGGAUGUUUAUACAUUUUCGAGUGAAGUUCUGGUUUAGCCAACUUAGACCAGAUGUUGCAGUCAUUUCACCAGCAGGAACCACGGGGGUGGGGGUCAUUCUGUAAGUGUCCACCUAGUGGACAUGUCCAUUUCAUCUGCUGCUGAAGUGCUGAUUGGCUGGGGGCACCUGUCUCCCUCUGAUGCGUACACCAGCCCAGCUAAUCAGAGCUUCAGCAGCAGACAAAAUGGACGUGUCCACUAGGUGGACCGCUUCCGGAAAUAGCCCCGCUGAUCUCCAUUUUAAACAGGUUUCGUUGUACUUAACAUUUCACAUGAGCGUCUGUGUGUUAAUUGCUCUUCUUUUUGUGUAUGGCAUGUGUGCGUACGUGAUUACAGGGAUCUAGGGACUGAGGUUGGAAGGGGAGGGAAGGAAGAGAGUUUUUAUUCUGGCAUUGUCAUAUCAUCACUCCUCAUUUAGUACAGCUGUUUCAUUGUGUCACGCGAUCACAUGCAUUUCUGCUUGCGCAAUGGCUGUUACAAGUGGUUCUGUCCUACACGUAGCAUCUCAACGCGACACUCCUAUGAAUCUCGUAAAGCGUACAGUGCUGAGUAUCCUGCCAUGUUGGUGACACGGUCUGCCGAGAUGUUUUCUGAGAGGUGCGAGAUUGUACGCAGUUUGUAUGCAUAAUGAAGAUUACAUAUGCAUGCGUCUAGCAUGUAUGUUACACCAGUAAAAGAUUAUAGCAGCAAAUGCUGGGCUUGCAUGCUCCCUAGCCAAUGCAAACAUUCUUCUAAAGUGCCACACGCUUUUUCCUGCAAGAGUGGUCUUAUAGUGUAUAUUUUCUAUACAAAACUUAUAUUAAUGAUUACAAUAAUAUAUAAUGCAUAAUGCUAUUUUAGAUUACACAGCAAUAAUGCCAUUUUAUAUCUGCACAACAACAAUGAAUGUGUGGUUGUAACUCUCCGUCGUUGCAGAACACAAUGCUCAUGACUCUCAUUAUGCACUUUCGUGAGAAUGUUGAUGACGGUAUGUUUCACCUGCUUAUUUGCAGCUCCGAAUUGUACCAAAGACUGCUUGUGCCGAACGGAACUUUCAUUUGCUUUUUUUGUUUUGCACGCGUUUAUUGUUUUGUUUGAGUUGUUAAAUCUAGAGUCAUUCAAUGUGCUGUGUUUUUAGUUGGUUUUUGUUAUAGGUUAUUUAUUAGCCAGGAACUGAUGUUCUCGGCUUCCUUGUUUCUUUUGUUGAGCUUCUGUUUCUUUUCUUUUUUACUUUAUUUUUUUAAUGUGGUUCCGAUAUGGCACACAGCAAUGGAGUGUUUGAGAAUCAUGUUCUGCCAUACAUUUUAUUGUUUUAGUUACAUCUUGUCUUUCAUGUUGCAUUUAAACGUCUCGAGAUUCAUGGUGUGUGCGUGCCUGCUUUAUCGCUUUUUAAGCCGAAAUAAAGAGAAUGUUUCAUAUUUUUA